UGUAAUUUCCUACUCCGCUCUGGCUCCACCAAGGCUAGGGAAACAACACCGGGAAAGCGCACAGAGAGGAGCCAGCAGGAUGGGAAUGGGGAGCUCCUGGUGAGCUGGGCACUUUCUCCUUCAUGUCCCUGACCUGGCAGGAGCUGCUUUAGGAUCCCAAAGGAGCAAGAGGGACCAGGAAGCGCUGCUGAUCUGCACAGAGCCCUUUGCCUGCUGCUGCCCCACAGGGAACAGGGAGCUGCUGAGGAGCCACAUGGUCCAGCCCUGGAGUCUUCAAGCACUGACUGCCCAUCCACUCUGACCACAGCCAGGAGCCACACCCCACUGCCUGCCCAGCGUCCAUCCAUGGAGGUGAGCACCGUGUCCUGUGUUUUCAUCUCACCAACUGACGCACCUGGUCAGUGUGAGAUCAAUGUCUCCAGCAUGGCCAUGCACAUUGUGAUGCUGCACGUUGGCCUCUGUGGGCUGGCUGGGAACGGGGUGUUCCUCUGGCUCCUGCACAUUAAUGCCAUCACUGACUUCAUAUUCUAUCAGGCCAUCACUGACUUCCUCUUCCUCAUCUUCAUGCUGCCCUCCACCCUGGUAUUCCUUGUGGAGGAGGUUUCCUGCUCGGCUAUAAUGCCCUCAAUGUAUAUGAGCCUGCUUUUCCAGCUGUCACUGUUCACCUACAAUAUAGGGCUGUACCGGCUGACAUUCAUCAGCAUUGAGAGGUGCAGGUCCAUCCUCUGCCUGUUUUUUUGUGGUUUUCAACUUCCUGAGCACCUGCUGAGGGUGGUGAUGAGUGUCUUGUACUGGGCCCUCCUCUUUGUUGUCAUCGCUGUCAAUCCCACGGUGACUUCCCUGUGCCAGUCACACGAGCAGGAGCAAUGUCGGGUGAUUCUCACUUCCAUGUACGCCCUCAGCCUCUUCCUAUUUGCAGCACCCAUGGUCAUUUCCAGCACAAUCCUCUUCAUUCAUCUCAAGCCUGGCUUACAGCAGCAGCCACUCAAGACACUUGACAUUGUUAUCUUCCUUGUUGCACUCUUCAAUCUGCCCCUCAGUCUCUGGAAUUUACUGCAGCAGCUUGGUUACACCGUUGUGCCCUCCCAGAUGGUUUUCUUGCUCACCAGCAUCAACAGCAGCAUCAAACCCUUCAUCUGCUUCAUGGUGGGGAGCUGGAAGAGAGACUGCUCCAUGGGGAGCUGCUGGAGGCACUGCUCCAUGGAGAGCUGCAGGAAGCACUCCUCCAUCCAGUCCCUAAGGAAGGCGAUCCACAGGGUGUUUGGGGAGCCAGAAGAAAACACUGCCUGUGGAGAUGAACCUUCUGUGGACACAGGGGUCUGAGUCCGUUGAUCUCUUCCACUACACUGCUGAAGGACCCUGGGACAGUGGCUGAGAGAUUCCUUGAGUCUCUUGAUCAAUAAAUACACACAGGAUCACCCUCCCUGUGCUGCUGCAUCCCCAGCCCCUUUCCAGGCUGCUCUGGGCUCUGAUCCGUGCUUGGGAGGCCUCAGCCUUGAGGAGCAGCCCCUGGGCUCAGCUCCUGUGGCGCUGAUCAGAAACACCCUCUGCUCCCAGCAACUGCUGCUGUCCAACCACCUCUCUCUGCUGUGUUAGUGCCUGAGACAUCUGAAUGGGGCGGGCCUGCAAGGAACUAUCAGACAUAAAUAAGGUUAAAUGCUGCUAAGUGAUAUUCCUCUGCUGAAUUGCUAAGUUUAAUGUAUUACUGAAGUACUGUUAAGUUGGAGUGCUGUAAAACUUUUAAGCCUUUUUCCUUUUAAUCCUUGUCCACCCUGUCCUUUUGUCAUACGCCCUUGAACACACACA